AUGUCUGCUGGUUCUGUUCUUGUCACUGGUGGCACGGGCUACAUUGGCUCUUUCACCGUCCUAGCUCUUCUCGAUGCUGGAUACAAGGUUAUUGUUGCUGAUAACUUGUACAACUCCUCUGUCGAAGCCCUAAAUCGCAUUGAACUCAUUAGCGGCAAGAAGGCCGAGUUCGUCGAGCUUGAUCUUAUCAACUCCAGUGCCAUCGACAAGGUAUUCGAGGACCACCCCGACAUUGACAGUGUCAUUCAUUUUGCGGCUCUAAAGGCUGUUGGUGAGUCUGGAGAGAAGCCUCUGGACUACUACACUGUCAAUGUUACCGGCAGCAUCAACCUCCUGCGCUCCAUGAUCAGCCACAAUGUUACCAACAUCGUCUUUUCCAGCUCCGCCACCGUCUACGGUGAUGCCACUCGCUUCCCCAACAUGAUCCCCAUUCCCGAGGAGUGCCCUCAGCUUGCCACCAACCCUUACGGCAGCACCAAGAUUGCUGUUGAGAUGGCCAUCACCGAUAUUAUUAAUGCCCAGCGUAACAACGCUAUCAAGGCUGGCAAGGAGGACGAGGCCAAAAAGUGGAACGGUGCUCUGCUCCGCUACUUCAACCCCGCUGGUGCCCACCCCAGCGGUGUCAUGGGCGAGGACCCCCAGGGUGUCCCCUACAACCUGUUGCCACUCCUGGCCCAAGUCGCCACUGGCAAGCGUGAGAAGCUGGCUGUCUACGGUGAUGACUACAAGUCCCACGACGGCACUGCCAUCCGUGACUACAUUCACAUUCUUGACCUGGCUGACGGCCACUUGAAGGCCCUGAACUACCUCCGCGCCAACAACCCCGGUGUCCGCGCCUGGAACCUGGGUACCGGCAAGGGCAGCACCGUCUACGAGAUGAUCAAGGCUUUCUCCGCUGCUGUCGGCCGUGACCUCCCCUACGAGGUUGCUCCCCGUCGCGCUGGUGACGUCCUUAACUUGACUGCCAAUGCCAACCGUGCUAUCAAGGAGCUCGGCUGGACCCCUACCCACACCCUCGAGCAGGCCUGCGAGGAUCUCUGGCUCUGGACCAAGAACAACCCUGAGGGUUACCGUCAGCAGCCCCCAGCUGAGCUGGUGGCUAAGCUGCAGAAGUAA